AUGCAAUUCUUUUUCUUGGGUCGAACUUUACUCGACCUUCAAGUUGUGUUUCGGUGCACAUGUUUUCGAAUACGAUUAUCGACCAGAGCUGCAGUAGGUAGUAGAGAUACAUCUACCACCUACCUUUCUAUCUUUCGAGUACCGUUGUUGAGUAUCAAUAUUUAUAACCUAUAUCAUCUGUGGUCAACAAAAAAUAAGCAUUUAUAAUAUCUAACUUUAACUUCACUUCUACAGAUGUAAGAAGACUCCACUCUUUCCGCCAGUAUCGUCUUUGUCUUGGACCACUUUCACUGAUCAACAUUUCUCUGCUAUAUCGUUUCUUUUCAAUCCUCCAGGUCGUGAACGUCAAGGUAGUUCCAAGAAAGCAGGCUCCGACUCUGACUUGUGGUGUAUUCGUCCUGUCGGCGUCGAGUCUGUCGGCGUGGGUUGACGCAGAUAAAGACCAGGAUCGAAGUUGUAUCGGUCGAAGUUGUAGCUGCGAUCAUGCCGGAUGUGGGCAUAUUAUUUGGUGUUCGAAAAGUCACGACGACAGCUUAUUGCCAUGCGAUAAAUUCUUGAACAGGUACAGUCGCUUACACAUUAUUUCUGUUUAAUGAUUUUUUUUUAUUCCACUAUCAAUCUUUAUCUUGGUAAUGGUACCGACGUCGACAGCAGCAGCACUCUUGAUUUGCAAUUCCCUUGUGAUUUUUGUCCUGUCCUACUGACCUUUUUACUUCGUUCCGCUUGGUAUGUACGAUUGAUGAGUUUUUACAUGCUAAUUUCUCUUUUCCUUUAUUUAUAAACCGCUGUCCCCCUCCGCUUCCACCAGGUACUACGCGGGACUAGCAAUGAUAGAAGGAGCCUUCUCAUGAUUGUGGAUGGGAGCACGGCCACCAAAUGGUUAUUGGUAUAAUAGUGAUUUGGUUUGGAAACCGAAACCAAAUCUUGUGUCCGACAGUUGUCCGUCUCGAUUCUUCAGCAGCUUACGCAUCUCAGUCAAAAAAAUCUUGGACUAGCCUCCAAACCUAGAGUAGCCGUACUACUAUGUAUAAGAACUAUAACCUACGACGACUUCUUUUCAAUUGUUGUACUACAAUUUCAAAAAAAUCGUGAGAAGACACCUUCAGCACUAAAAAAGACCACACAUCAUCUUGUUAUUACUUGAACUUCCUACGUGAUCAUGUUCAUGACUAUGACUACGACGUAACCAUACGCAUACUAGGGAAUUGAAUUAUUUGAAGUACAAGCGCAUACCUAUAUCUCUCGUUUUCAACAUACACAAGAAGAAUAUUACUAUCAAAUGAUCUUACAUCUGGGGAACAACUUUGCAUUAUCACUGACAUUCAUGAUACACAACGUACUGCUACCUAUUGUUCAACGCCACGUAUUGUUCACGGCCACGUAUUUGACAAUUCAAAUUGCGUAUAUCAGAUCAAUCACCACGAGCAUUGCAUUUAGUACAACAUGUUUACCUGAUGGAUCCAUCUAUCGUAUUUUCGGAAUAAUCUGAAUUAUUUAUUAAGCACCAGCCACAACAAGCACAGAACUGAACAGAACUGAAUAGAGGAUUUAUAUAUAACUGAACAGAAAAACAACUGAAUAGACCCAAGAACAUCAACAUGAAUGAGUUAGUUUAUUGAACUAGUUGUAGUAAGUUAGGACUUCUUGAUCAGUAUAGGCGAAGAAGUUAUUGAAUCUUAUCAAUUCAAACGAAAAAUCAAGAAACAGACGCUCACAUCAACUUGUAGGAGAAGAUGAAUGCUGGGGACGCGAUGACGCGCAUUUUCACCUCACUACGCAGUGAAAAUUUGAAAGGCGGGGACUUCUUGA